CAGCCGCCGCCCGCGCCCGUGGUGCCGCCCCCGGCGCCCGCGGCGGCCGAGCCCGACCUCUACUCGGAGGAGCGCCGCCAGCGCAUCUUCCGCCACCGCAAGUUCAUGUUCCGCAACAACCUCUUCACCAAGCCCGUGCCCGAGGAGGCCAUCGGCAACGACGACCACCCGUUCUGGUACCUGCCGACCUGCCAGACCCGCCGGGGCUGCAACAGCGCGAGCUGCAUGGCCGACUCGGCGUUCGUCACGGCGCUCCUGGCGAAGCUCAAGGGCGAGCUCUGCGUCGACCUCGGCGCCGUGCACCUCGCGGGCAUCUCCGCCGGCGGCAUGAUGGCCUACCAGGCCGCGCUGGACAACCACGCGCAGAUCGCGUCCGUCGCGCCCGUCGCCGGCUCGCGCUUCGUCGGCUUCAACGUUGCGCCCGCGUCGCCCGUCGCCGUCCUGUCGUCGCACGGCUACGCGGACUGGACGAUCCCGGCGAACGCGUCCAACGGCGAGCCGGGCCCGAAGCCCCGGGGCGUCGCGGAGAGCUCGGACCACUUCUUCUACGUCGAGGAGCCCGACAUCCUGCGCAAGUUCUCCCGGAACUGCGACGGACGGACGGCCAAGUACCCCACGAAGUACGACGGCGCGCGCGAGCUCCAGUGCGUCCGGCCCUUUGGGAAGUGCGAGAGCGACAUCGUCAUGUGCGUCGGCCAGUGGGGCCACACGUGGCCCCUGCACAAGGAGUACCCGGAGGCCUGGGCGUCGUUGGCCCUCGACUUCUUCGCCGCGACGAAGCGGAGCGCCUAG